AGAAGCUUCUCUCGUUCGCUCUCUCUCUCUCUCUCUCUCUCUCUCUCUCUCUCUCAGUUUGGGUUUGUCUGAAAACUUCAUAAAUCCGAACAUACCAAAGUUCAAGCUCGAAAGCCUAAGCAGCAUUAUCUUCUCGCACUAAUUUUUUUUUUUUUUUCCCAUUAAAGGAGGUGAACCAGCCGAAUCAAGGGUACCCAAAAACUCCAGAUCUGUCUUCUUUAUUUGUGGGUGGAGAGCCGGCGGCCUCCCGGAGAGUGUGGCUAUGGCUUUUGUUUGAAGAAGUUUGUGUUUUGGACUAUUCAGCUACUCUUUUGAAAUUUCAGGAACUGCUGAGAUAUUGUUUUGGACUAAACAUUUUCAAUAGAAUGGCUUCGAGAUCGUUUAAAGCUUCAGAGUCACAGCAGGGUAGGGCAGUUCCCAUGACAGUGACCUUUGCGAGAAGGACUUCAUCUGGUCGAUAUGUCAGCUAUUCUAGAGAAUCCAAUGAUCUCGAUAGCGAAAUCGGCAGUGGCGAGUACGCGAACUACACCGUGCAAAUACCCCUCACACCUGAUAAUCAGCCCAUGGAUCCAUCGAUCUCACAGAGGGUUGAGGAGCAGUAUGUGUCGAAUUCAAUGUUUACAGGGGGGUUUAACAGUGUUACUCGUGCCCAUUUGAUGGAUAAGGUAAUUGAGUCUGAAACAAGCCAUCCACAGAUGGCAGGUGCAAAAGGGUCUCGCUGUGCGAUCCCGGGAUGUGAUGGAAAGGUAAUGAGUGAUGAGAGGGGAGAAGACAUCCUCCCCUGCGAAUGUGAUUUUAAGAUAUGCCGGGAUUGUUAUGUUGAUGCCGUGAAAACUGGAGAUGGCAUUUGCCCAGGAUGUAAAGAACCUUACAAGACCAGUGAUUUGGAUCAGAAUGAAGAUGACAACAGCCGGCCACUCCCUCUGCCACCUAAUGCGGGGAUGUCAAAGAUGGAGAGGAGGUUGUCGUUGAUGAAAUCUACCAAAUCAGUGCUGAUGAGAAGUCAAACCGGAGAUUUUGAUCAUAAUCGAUGGUUGUUCGAGACAAAGGGAACUUAUGGAUAUGGAAAUGCAAUAUGGCCAAAGGAGGGGGAUUUUGAGAAUGACAACGGCGAUGGAGUUGGUGAGCCUUCUGAACUUCUUAACAAGCCCUGGCGGCCCCUAACCCGUAAGUUGAAGAUACCUGCUGCAAUUAUAAGCCCAUAUCGGCUACUAAUCUUUGUCCGCAUAGUUGUUCUGGCAUUAUUUCUUGAAUGGAGAAUCCGCAACCCCAAUCACGAUGCACCAUGGUUGUGGCUUAUGUCUGUGAUCUGUGAGGUUUGGUUUGCUUUCUCAUGGUUACUCGAUCAGCUUCCGAAGUUCUCCCCAGUAAAUCGUGCUACUGAUCUUAAUGUUUUGAAAGAAAAGUUUGAAACAACCGGUCCCCACAACCCGACUGGGAAAUCUGAUCUGCCAGGUAUAGACAUCUUUGUUUCUACUGCAGACCCAGAGAAAGAGCCACCUCUGGUCACUUCCAACACCAUCCUAUCCAUCCUAGCGGCUGAUUAUCCGGUUGAAAAGCUUGCUUGCUACGUUUCGGAUGAUGGUGGUGCCCUUUUAACCUUUGAGGCGAUGGCAGAAGCUGCAAGCUUUGCCAAUCUGUGGGUCCCAUUUUGCAGAAAGCAUGAUAUUGAGCCAAGGAACCCAGAAUCUUAUUUCAAUUUGAAGAAAGAUCCUUUCAAGAAUAAGGUGCGUCCAGACUUUGUCAAGGAUCGCAGACGAGUCAAACGUGAGUACGAUGAGUUCAAGGUUCGUAUCAAUGGCCUUCCUGAUUCAAUCCGGCGUAGGUCUGAUGCCUAUAAUGCUCGAGAGGAAAUCAAGGCUAUGAAGCUUCAGAGAGAGAGAGGCAGUGAUGAACCACUGGAAAGUAUAAAAAUUGUUAAGGCUACGUGGAUGGCAGAUGGAACCCACUGGCCGGGCACUUGGGUUGUUUCCUCUGAGGAGCAGUCUAGGGGUGACCAUGCUGGAAUUAUUCAGGUGAUGCUGAAACCUCCAAGCGAUGAUCCACUACAUGGGACAUCAGUUGAUUCCAAUCCCAUUGAUCUGACAGAAGUGGAUAUCCGGCUUCCUAUGUUGGUUUAUGUUUCUCGCGAAAAGCGGCCUGGAUAUGAUCACAACAAAAAGGCCGGCGCUAUGAAUGCCUUGGUUCGAGCCUCGGCCAUCAUGUCCAAUGGACCCUUUAUUCUGAACCUUGACUGUGAUCACUACAUUUACAACUCCCAGGCAUUAAGAGAAGGCAUGUGCUUUAUGAUGGACCGUGGUGGUGAUCGCAUUUGCUAUGUCCAGUUCCCUCAGAGGUUUGAAGGAAUCGACCCAUCUGAUCGCUAUGCCAAUCACAACACCGUUUUCUUUGACAUCAACAUGCGUGCUCUUGAUGGGCUUCAGGGUCCAGUUUACGUUGGAACCGGAUGCCUCUUCCGCAGGAUAGCUUUAUAUGGCUUUGACCCUCCGCGAUCAAAAGAAUACCACUCUGGCUGCUGCAGCUGUUGUUUUGCUCGUCGUAAGAAGUCUUCUACAAUUACUACUUCCCACGAGGAGAACAGAUCACUUCGCAUGGGAGAUUCUGAUGAUGAAAUGGACAUUUCUCUGUUUCCUAAGAAGUUUGGAAACUCAUCCUUUCUUAUUGAUACAAUUCCGGUGGCGGAGUUCCAAGGCCGACCACUUGCUGAUCACCCUGCCGUGAAGAAUGGACGACCUCCAGGUGCUCUUAUGAUUCCUCGGGAGCUUCUUGAUGCAUCUACAGUCUCCGAAGCAAUCAGUGUCAUCUCGUGUUGGUACGAAGAUAAAACGGAAUGGGGCAUCCGAGUAGGGUGGAUAUAUGGAUCCGUGACUGAAGAUGUGGUGACAGGGUAUCGGAUGCACAACCGGGGCUGGAAAUCAGUUUAUUGUGUCACCAAGAGGGACGCUUUUCGUGGGACUGCGCCCAUUAAUCUGACAGAUAGACUUCACCAGGUCCUCCGGUGGGCCACUGGUUCGGUUGAGAUAUUCUUCUCCCGGAACAAUGCUGUUCUGGCAAGUCCUAAAAUGAAGUUUCUACAGAGGGUAGCUUACCUCAAUGUUGGCAUCUAUCCGUUCACCUCCAUUUUCCUUAUUGUUUACUGCUUCCUCCCGGCACUUUCCCUGUUCUCCGGCCAAUUCAUCGUCCAGUCCCUCAACGUCGCCUUCCUCACCUACCUUCUGAUCAUCUCCUUGACCCUCUGCUUGCUGGCUGUGCUCGAGAUCAAGUGGUCCGGCAUUGAACUGGAGGAAUGGUGGCGAAACGAGCAGUUCUGGUUAAUCGGAGGCACAAGUGCGCAUCUUGCUGCUGUGCUUCAGGGCCUUCUGAAGGUAGUCGCUGGCAUUGAGAUAUCUUUCACAUUAACGUCAAAGUCCGGCGGUGAGGAUGCUGACGAUGAGUUUGCGGACCUGUACAUCCUCAAAUGGACAUCGCUGAUGAUACCCCCUAUCACAAUCAUGAUGACGAACCUGAUCGCAAUAGCAGUUGGCUUCAGCCGAACAAUAUACAGCGAGAUACCUCAAUGGAGCCGGCUGCUAGGUGGCGUGUUCUUCAGCUUCUGGGUCCUGGCUCAUCUCUACCCAUUCGCAAAAGGGCUCAUGGGAAGACGGGGGAGGACACCAACAAUCGUGUUUGUCUGGUCCGGGCUUCUGGCAAUCACGAUUUCGCUCCUCUGGGUCGCGAUCAACCCCCCGUCAGGCAGUUCUGAGAUCGGGGGAUCCUUCCAGUUCCCAUGAAAUUUCCGACCUCAACAGCAGGUGUUCAACAUCAUUCAUCUGCCCGUUCUUGCUAAAUUCAAAGUUGCCGAGGGGUUAUUGUUUCAGCAACCCAACUUGUGAGAAAAAUGGGGAAGAGGCUUUGAGAAGAGUAGGGUGAGGGAUUGAUUCUGAAUAUGCUGUUCAUAUUCAUUGAUUUUUGCUUAAAUUUGGGUUGUCUAUAGACUCCGCAGUGGGAGAGGUUGUGUUGUAACACAUUCUUUGUAAUUAGUGAGACCUCUUAAGUAGAGUUCAUCUCUUUCUUUACUUAUGCUUUGCCUAUAAAUUAAAUUCUAGAAUUAUUUUGAAUCA